UCAACAUCAACACCACCUCGUUCAGAUUCAACGUAGAUCGACAUACACAAAGCGCAUCGACACUCGUCAUCAUACGCUACAGGAGUCAAGAUGUCCUCCCCAUUCCCCUCCCAAACGCCUCGACGCAAUAACAAACGAGCCCGUUCUCCCGAACCCGGAAGUUCCGCCUUUACCCCGUUCAACAACGCACAAGAUUCCGUCUACCCCCGAGGUGGUGCAGCAGGUCCAUCAGGGUUGAGAUCCUCGCCACCUCCUUCGUCGCUCCCGCCUUCUUCCCCUCCGGCGCCGUUCGAUGGGUUUGGGGAUGAUGCGGAUGUGGACGAUCAGGAGGAAGAAGCUAGGGAGAUGGGCAGACGGGUCGAAGGUGGGGACGAUGAUGACGAGGACGAGGAUGCUGGGGAAGAUCUGUUUGGGGAUAACAUGAUGGCCGACUACGACUCGAACCUCGGCCUAGACACCUACUCGAACGCCGACUUAGAUGAUACCACCUCUCAACCCGAACUCACCCGCGCUCAACGUCUCGCCGCCGAAGCCGCCAUGGCUCGACGAGACCGGGGGCUCCCCACAGGGACCCGUGCCAGUCGACGACAACGCGCUCCCGCCUUUCUCCAAUCCGACGACGAGGACUAUGGGGACUUGCCCCCCGGCGCUGGGUUGUUGGAAGGGAUCGACACUAGGCGUCGGAGGAGGCAAUACGAUGAACGGCCGGAGGACGAUGAUAUGGAGGGACAGGGGGAGGACGAGGUCCCGCUGGAAGAAUUGGGGGACAUCAAGGCUCCCUCGAUCGCCGAGUGGGUGGGGAUCGAGGCGGUCAGGAGGGCGGUGCAGAGGCAUUUCAAGGCGUUCUUGAUGACGUACGUGGAUGAGAAUGGGCAGAGUGUUUAUGGACAGCGGAUCAAGCAUCUGGGAGAAGUCAACUCGGAAUCACUCGAAGUCUCCUACUUGCACCUCGCCUACUCUAAACCCAUCCUCGCCUAUUUCCUGGCCAACUCGCCUCAACCGAUGUUACAGAUCUUUGACGACGUCGCCCUCGAAGCCAUCCUCCUCUAUUACCCUUCGUACGAGCGUAUCCACUCGGAGAUUCACGUGAGGAUCACCGAACUUCCGACCAGUCUCACCUUGAGGGACUUGAGGCAGACCAACUUGAACUGCCUCGUCCGGGUCUCUGGUGUGGUCACCCGGCGUUCAGGCGUGUUCCCGCAGUUAAAGUAUGUCAAGUUUGAUUGUGGGAAAUGUGGGACGACGCUAGGGCCGUUCUUCCAGGAUACGGCCAAGGAGGUCAAGAUCAGUUUCUGCUCCAACUGCGAGGGAAGAGGACCGUUCACUGUCAACUCCGAGCAGACGGUGUAUAGAAACUAUCAAAAGAUGACCCUGCAAGAGUCUCCGGGGAGCGUGCCCGCGGGAAGGUUGCCCAGGCAUCGAGAGGUCAUCCUCCUCUGGGACCUGAUCGAUUGUGCGAAACCGGGUGAAGAGGUCGAAGUGACGGGUAUCUAUAGGAACAAUUUCGACGCCUCGUUGAAUUCCAAGAACGGGUUCCCGGUAUUCUCGACCGUGCUCGAGGCCAACCAUAUCAACAAGAAGGAAGACCUCUUUGCCGCAUUCAGGUUGACCGAGGAGGACGAGAGGAUGAUCAGGAACUUGGCCAAGGAUGAGAGGAUUUCCAAGAGGAUCAUCAAGUCGAUCGCGCCCUCGAUCUAUGGGCACGAGGAUAUCAAGACGGCCAUCGCCCUUUCCCUGUUUAGCGGGGUUCCCAAGGAUAUCAAUAGGAAACAUCGGAUCCGAGGGGAUAUCAAUAUCCUCUUGUUGGGAGAUCCGGGGACGGCCAAGUCGCAGUUCCUAAAGUAUGUGGAAAAGACGGCGCAUCGGGCGGUGUUUACGACCGGACAGGGAGCUUCCGCUGUCGGUCUGACCGCCUCGGUGAGAAAGGACCCGAUCACGAGGGAAUGGACGUUGGAAGGUGGAGCGCUCGUCUUGGCCGACAAGGGGGUAUGCCUGAUCGACGAGUUUGACAAGAUGAACGACGCGGACCGGACGUCGAUCCACGAGGCCAUGGAGCAGCAAUCCAUCUCGAUCAGCAAGGCUGGGAUCGUGACCACCUUGCAGGCGCGGUGUGCCAUCGUCGCAGCGGCUAAUCCGGUCAGGGGGAGGUACAACCCGACGAUCCCGUUUCAGCAAAACGUCGAUCUGACCGAACCGAUCUUGUCCCGAUUCGACGUCUUGUGCGUGGUCAAGGAUGCCGUGGAUCCGGUGCAGGACGAGUUGUUGGCCAGGUUCGUGGUCGGGAGUCAUCUGAGGAGUCAUCCUGGGUUCGAAGAGGCCGUGGACGAGGUCAACGUGUCGACCGUCUUGGACGCCGAUAUCAUCCCGCAAGACGUGCUAAAAAAGUACAUCAUGUACGCCAAGGAGAUGAUCAAGCCCAAGCUGCAUCAACUCGACCAAGAAAAGCUCUCCCGACUCUACUCGGACCUCCGUCGAGAGUCGCUCGCGACCGGGUCUUUCCCCAUUACCGUGCGACACUUGGAAUCGAUGAUCAGGAUGGCAGAGGCCAGCGCCAAGAUGAACCUGCGCGAGUACGUUCGGAGCGACGAUAUCGAUCUCGCCAUCCAGGUCACUGUCGGCAGCUUUGUCAAUGCGCAAAAGAUUUCCAUCAAAAAGACGCUCGAGAGGGGCUUCCGUAAAUACGUCCACAAGGCGACCGAUCACGCCGAGUUGCUCGCCUUCUUGCUGGGUCAGCUCGUCAAGGAAAAGGUCCAGCUCGUCAUGAUCCAGCGAGGUCAAGAACCCGCCAGCGUCGAGAUUCCGCUCGCACAGCUCGAGGCCAGGGCCAAGGAGAUGGAGAUUUUCGACGUCUCGUCAUUCUUGCGUUCCAAGCUGUUUGUCGCCAACGGCUACAAGUUCAAGUCGAACGAAAAGCAGAUUGAAAAGGUAUUUACGCACGUCAACCCGGACGAGUUGUAAAAGGGGCAAAGAGUGUAAGAAUUCGCCGUGAAUCUGGUCUCUUGAUA